CUAAAGUAUUUUUAUACUUUGAAUUACAAAGGAAUUCAUUUUACUUAUGAGAAAUAUUAUUAAUGGGAUCUUGGCAAGCAUACGCUAGGGAAAUUGUUGAGAUUAUUUACUUUUAUGGAGAGUUAAAUGAAACGGAUUCUGUAUGUUUUAUUGAAAGAAUUUCAUUAGAUUGUAGUAAAGAGAAUAUAUCAAAGUAUUUGGCUAACAAUAAAUAUCAAAGUCAUCAUUCGAAUGACCUGAAAACAUUAAAGUUAAAUGUAUAUGAUAAAAUCAUUAUAUAUGAAUGUUUUGGUCUGAAGAAAGAAUUCUUUGAACACGCUUUAAAGAAUCUUGAAAAAGCUGAAGGGAAAUUACUGAUUAUCAAGAAACUUCAAAAUUGGAUUGGUAGAUUCAAUGAUGAACAAUGUGAACAAUCUGCUAUUGAAAUGAGAUCUUUGUUUAAAGAUUUAUUAGAUGCCGGUUUCAAUAUUCAGUGGGACGUAAUUGAUCUACCUGUCGAAAUGAAUUAUCACAGAUGGUUCGAAAGUGUAAGCUGUUGUUCAGGAAAUUUAAUUCAUGAUAUGAAAGCCUCUCUCAAAUAUAUUCCACUGGAUCAUGAGAAUAUUAGAAUGAAUGAACAAUUAUUAAUAAUUAUUGCUAGUCCGAAGCUUCAUACAGAUUUUGGAUUCAAACCAAUAAAGCGAUCGCUAAAGUCGAAGUAUAAACCAACUAAUAAAUGCAGUUUAUAUCAAAACACAACCGAUGUAUGGCCAUUAUUUAUGACACCGCAAAUAAAGGAUAUAGUAAACGAACAAGCGCGUAAAAUUAUUUUAAAUUCAAUUAAGCCAAUCAAUAAGCAGUAUAAAAAGACAAAUCAUGGUGGUGUGAAGAGGUCAAUGUAAAUAAUUAUGUAUGUGAAUACCUUGUACAAGCUUGAUAAAUUUUUUGAAUUUUAUCCUUUUCAAUUUUUGAAGAUACAAAAUUUAAACAGAACUAUAAAAAUAUUUAUUUAACAAUAAUUCCUAACAUAAACAGUACUUCUGAAUGUAACCGAAUGAGUAAAUAAUUAAAGUAUAUUUUAUAAUUAUUGAAUUCUAUACACAAAGUACCAUUAUUGGUAUGAUUAAUGAACGUAUGAUUAUAAUCUUUG